AUGAAGAUUAGGGAAUACGAAACAGUUCUUGCAGUUUGUUGGGAGAUGGGUGAGAUGGAGAACAGUAUUCUCUCCAUAUAUGAUGACGUCCUUCCUGCUCAUACUUCAGAUUUACAAAGGGUUGAUGAGAAGAUCACUGCUAACUGUGAGAAGUUUCUUCAAGACUACAAGCAGCGAUUUUUGCAAACGGAAGCCUUAUGUGAAUCUCUGCAACAGCGAGAAUUUGAAAUAAAGAAAAAAGAACAGAAGCUUCUAAAGGACAAGAGAAAGUUAGAACUCAAGAAGAGAGCGCGAGAAGUGUCGUACUGCAAACAAUUGGUCAACGAAUGUUACUCUUCGAGAAAAGCAGCAGAGGGUCUAAAGAGGGAAAUAGACAUGCUUCAUAAAAGAAGAGCUGAAUUGGAGGACAAACUCGAGGCUGAGAGUUUUGAAGUUCUUCAAAGUGAGAUCAUGCAACUUGAAAUGGCUAUACAGGUUAUAGAAGACGAUGAUGAGCCUAUAGACCUUGAGGAAAAGUUGAAGAAUUCACAGAGCAAUUUGAUACAAAAGGAUGAACAACUUCAAGAGUUGAAAGAACAACUUCAAGAGUUGAAAGAUCGGGUAAACACUGUUUGUUUGGCAAUACAGAGAAAAAAUGAUGAGAUGCAAGACGCACGUCAAGAACUCAUCCAUGGAUUGGAGAUGUAUCCUUAUUGUUCGUACGUAGGAAUCAAGACAAUGGGCGUUGUAGAUUCGAUGCCUUUCUAUUUUGGGUAUCAUUCAACCAAAAAAGCAAGGAAGGAAACGAAGAAUAAUGCAACCAACGUAUUGGUUAAAUGCAGGAAACUAGUUGAGGAUCAAAACUGGCAUCCAUUCACAGUUGGAUCGGAUGAAAAGGAGAUUAUUGAUGAAGAAAAUGAGGAGAUGGUUAGGUUGAAGGCGGAGUGCAGUGAGGAACAGUAUCAUGCUGUUGUGACAGCGUUGAAGGAGAGAAAUGAGUAUGAGAUAAAUGGGAAGCAUCCUGUGCAAGAGCUAUGGAACUACAAGGAAAAAAGGAAAGCGAGUUUGAAAGAAGGCAUAGACUGCAUCCUGGAAGCAUGGAAGAUUCAUAAGCAACAGCAUAAAAUGUAG